AUGUCCAGGAUAUUUGGUGCUGACCGAAAUCCACGAAAUCCUGAUUUACCAAUUGACGACCUUCGCGGAGGCAGAUGUCGGACAAGCGUGAAGGCCGACAAAGCCCCUAGAAAAGGAUCCAAGCCUAUCGAAUCAAUACCGCACCCAGAGAUUCAGAACUCUAGUUAUAAAAAGGCAACGCAGCGUAUCAACGAGGAGUUGCGUGUUCCACCCUUCCUGGCAUGGCCUACUACCUAUGAUGAUAAGAAAAACGAAGUAGACUCUCAAUCCCCGAAUGAAGCUUCCUUGAAAGCGGGUCUUUGUGCCGCAUCUCUUGUCGUUUGGCAGAAGGGCAAUCAUCAAACAACUAUCUGUGCGAACUCUAUUCCUAGGAAACAUAUCAGUGAUGUUUAUGUCAAACUCGACUCAAAAGUUCUGACAAACCCGCCUUCCCGCCUGGAGGAAUUCAUACAGUAUCUCGAAACAUACGGUGAGGGGGGGUCAGAAAGCUAUCCUCCUUCACCAACGAGCUCGUUCCAGAAUACAGCCUUCAACAGGGAAGUUUCUGGGCAAGACGUACUUCUAUGGCAGGUGGCACGAUUAUCUGUUGUCCGAAACAUAUUCGCCAAUGGUGUGAAGACCUUAGCUGGUCAAUUCGUGCCCAAACAUUGUGUAUAUCCACUUGUAGAUCGAUGCUGGGGCUCAAUCUCAAUUGUAGAUCAGGUAAAAGCAAUCAGCCAUCCUCGUUUGGCACAUGUUUCUAAACGAAGCGUUGACGUAGAGCACACUUCAGAAUCGCUCGAGCAUUGGGUUGUAUCCACUGUGGACGCAGAUCUGGAGAUAGCAACGGAGCGUCUGCUCAAAUUUCUCGAAACCUUAAAUCGACGUGUGCAAAAGUUGCUAUCAAGGGCUGUGGACAUGCGCCAGAGUGUCGCCAAUGGUUCGCAAGAGCUCAAUGACGGAUAUUACUCACGUUCAACGCUAGUCAAAGCUGCUGAGAAGAUUUUCCAAUUUUUGUACUACUCAGCAUACAAUUUCAAUGUUCAUUGCGAGUUGGGAUUUGCGCCAGCGGGGCCUCGACUUCUUGCUGCGUCUCAAGAACAUGUUCAUGACAAAUCUGGGGCGGAAAUAUUCGCUACUCUUGCCGACCUUGCAAUGUCAAAAGCAAGGGACGAUCUCUUACUCAUGACGCACACUGGCGAUGAUGCGGGGGCAAUAUUCCAUUUCAAAGCUUCGGCACAGUUCACUAUCGACCUGGGUCUCUCAGAGCUCAUGGGACGGCCGCUUAUGUGGGACAUGUCAAUCCUGGAGCUAUACAGGGAUCAUCUGUCUGCUCUGCGCUUCAAAGCCAGCCGUAAGCCUUCGAAGACAGUCUUACGUGAGCUAUAUCUCUUAGAUGAGGAGAUUGAAGUUGUUGCGUCUGUAUACAUGCAACAAUAUAAGACCGAAUAUAAUCUCUGGAAAGUGCUUGGAGUCAAUGAGAUUGAAACCAAGCGAGACUGGCGAGAUGAAUACGUAGAGAAUCUGUUUUCUCAAUUUCGAAACGACCUAGAAAAAGCCGCCAAAGCGCUACGACACAACAUCGAGAUCACAGAUGAAGGAAACUCCAAAGCAAUUCUCAUCUUCACGCUCGCAACGAUCAUAUUCUUACCUCUUUCGUUUAUUGCCUCGGUGUUUGGCAUGAACACCUCGGAUAUCAGGGACAUGAACAGUAACCAGGCGCUUUUCUGGGCGAUAGCACUCCCCGUCACCGCGACCAUCGGUGCGAUAUCUCUAGUAGCCGCCUACGGAAAUGUAUCCAUUGUAGAUAGAAUCCGCAAGCUCAAGAAUAACGUCACGAUGAAACGGCCCACCACCCAACUCCCUUGGAAACGCAUCAAACACAAAACAGACGAAGAGAGGGCAGAUGACCCCAACAUCGCUGCAAUAGCAAAACGAGAACGCCGCUUCAACGCUCACCGCUCUGACCUAUGGUUGCACAGUAAGCGUUGGCCAAGCCGCAGACAAAAGACUAAUUCGCAUGAUCCCCGUGUGCUAGUCCGCACCGCAACUGGCAAAACACUGCAUACGAAACCCAAACGGAGGGUGCGCGAAGCUGAUGCACUGGACAGCUCGGAGAGGCAUUGA